AUGUCCCAAUUAAAAAAAUUAAAAGAGAUGCGAGCCGCGGUCGAUUGGAAUUUAGUAAAGGAGCGACGUGAUCUUCUCUUUCGACUUUUUCACUUGACGAGCGACUGGAAGAUACAGCUUCCGAAUCUUCUAGAAGAUUUUCGUGCCGAAGAAAUUGACUGGCUUCUCAUGGAGGCUAUCAAAAAUACGAGAGAUCCUCUUAAACUGCAACGAUUUAUUAAGUUUGUAGCUCGAACAGGCUUCAAGGACGAGCCGAAACUAGACGAGGCAGGCAAGCCAAUAUCUCGUCGCGUCACGGCAAUGCACAUCGCAGCUGCAUCCGGGUUGAACGUGAUUCGUGACCUUUUCGAAAUAUAUGACAGAUUUGACGUGAAUUUCAGCUGUGAAUACGGUAUUACUCAUUUUCAUCUGGCUUGCGAGUUUGGCUUGGACGACGUGGUGAAGAAAUUCCUCGACCUUGGCCAGGAUCCCAAUCUCCUCGUGCAUCAUACAGGUGAUUCGCCGCUACACUUUGCUGCGGCAGUUAAUUACGACGACACAUCGAAGGUCAUCGAGUUGCUAUUGAGGAGAGGAGCCAAAUCAAAUUUAGCUAACAAGGCGGGACAGACUCCUCUGCACAAUUUUUCCAUACAUACCGAUGAUCAUCACGUUGACUUGGCCAAGUUUUUUUUCAAGAUCUGUGACGACCUACGGCAUAUGGUGCCGGUCGAUUUCAGGGACAAGUCGGGUAGGACGCCGCUGCACUUGGCUGUGAAAUACAGAAAUAAGAAGCUCGUCGCAUUGCUGCUGAAACGAAGCGCCAAUCCGAAUUUCAUCGAUCACGAGGGUUCAACUCCUCUGCACUAUAUUUGCGAGAAAGUCGAUGACAAAGGUUUGGCGAAGAUGUUAUUCGAAUUCUGCGACGAAAAUAAUAAAAUUUUGCGGAUCGAUGUUCAGAACAAUUUGGGCAAUACACCAUUGCACGAGGCUCUCAAAUGCGGUGACAAGAAGAUGGUCGAAUUGCUAUUGAGAAGAGGCGCCAACCCCAAUAUAGCCAAUGCGAAAGGAUGGACCCCUCUGCACAUCAUUCACAAGAGAGAUUACGGUCAAGGCCUAGCCGAGCUAUUCUUCAAGACCUGCGACGAUCUAGGGCAGACGGUGCAGGUCGAUGCUCGGGACAAGGAAGGUAAUACGCCGUUGCACGAGGCAUUAAUAAACCGCAUCAGACAUCUGGUCGAAUUGUUAGUGAAAAGAGGCGUGAAUCUAAAUAUAGCCAACAAUGAUGGAUACACUCCUCUACACCUCAUUAGCGAGUAUGUCUACGACGAAGAAGAUGAAUUGUUGAAGAUGUUAUUCGAAUUCUGCGACGAAAACAAUCAAAUUUUGCCGCUCAAUGUUCAGAACAAGUUGGGCAAUACACCAUUGCACGAGGCAUUAAUACACCGCAACGGACAGCUGGUCGAAUGGCUACUAAGAAGAGACGUGGAUCUAAAUAUAGCCAACAAUUAUGGAACGACAUCUCUACACCUCAUUAGCGAGUAUGUCGAAGACGAUGAAUUGGCGGAGAUGUUCUUCGAGAACUGGGACAAACGACAGCAGACGGCUCAAAUCGACGCCCGGGACAAGUCUGGUAACACACCGCUACUUGUGGCUUUGGAAUACCACAAAAAUAUGCUGGUCGAAUUGCUAUUGGAAAGAGGCGCUGAUCAAUGUUCAGCAAAUAACUUCGGAGAGACUCCUCUACACUUCAUUAGCAUGUAUGACCGCGACGACGAAGACGACGAAUUAGUGGAGAUGUUCUUCGAGAUCUGGGACGAACGACAGCAGACGGCUCGAGUCGAUGUUCAGGACGAAAAGGGUAAUACACCGUUGCACUAUGCCGCGGAUCGGGGUAACAAGAAGGUGGUCGAGCUGCUGCUGAGAAGAGGCGCAAAUGCAAAUUUAGUCACCAAUUAUGGUACGACUCCUCUGCAUAACAUUUGCUGCCAUAGAGACAGCGAAGACUUGGCGAAACUAUUCUUCGAUAUUUGCGACGGACUACAGCUGAAGGUUCAAGUCGACGCCGUGGACAUUUUUGGUGAUACACCAUUGCACUUGGUUUUCUACCACCUUGAACCAUUUACCGGCAAUCCACAGUUGAUUAAAUUGCUUCUGGAAAGAAGCGCUGAUCCGAAUCUGGUUAACGAGGAAGGAAAGACAUCACUGCAUAUGAUUUGCAAGAGAGCCUCGAGUCGAGACGAGUUGUUGGUGAUGUUUCCUCGGCUGGCGCAGCUCGAAGUCGUGGACAAAUUGGGCCGGACACCUCUUCGAUGGGCCGUGGAAAAUCUGGUUCCUCGCGUGGUCGAUAUACUCUUGGAUCACGGGGCCGAUCUGUCGAGCUUCGUUUUCCCCACCGCGAGUGACUUCGCCGAGAGGUUGGAUACGCGAGUCUUCAGCAGUAUUUAUGAUAAUUUUAAAUUGAUAAUGGCGUCUAGUCUUCUGUCCAUCGCUGAAAAUCUUGAGCAAAGAGGAUACGAGUUUAGCCGAAGCGACGCCCUGACGAUCAUGAAAUUCUUCGCUGAACGAUAUUUGUUCGAGAAGCCGUCGAAUCUGGAUAAAUGUUGGUACGAGGACGAGGAGUUCGUGAGCCAAGCGAAAGAAAUUAUGAUAAAGGAUAACGACCCGAGUCUAUCGCUCUACGAGUGGAGCAAGUUAACACUCGAAGAGGAAGAAAAACUACUCACAUAUGAGGACUACUUCAAAUUUGCGAGAUUUGAUCAUCUUUCGAUACUUUCCGAAGAAGUUAAAGAGGCUUGUCAGUUGCGUCUGUGCGAGAUGAUGUCCAGAGGAUAUUUUCGGCGCUGGGCACUGGAUCCUUACAUGAAUCUCAUACGCUAUCGACUACCGAUAACCUGCUGUGAACAGAUCCUUAGCAAGAUGAUGAACGAAGAUUUAUACCAUAUUUGCUUGGCAGACGCAUAA